AGUGGAAGUCAUCACAGUCUAUGAUGUUCGCUCCAAAAAAAACACAAACAAGCACCACUGACAGGGAAAACCAGCAUGGUUUGAACAAUGUGUUAAAUAAAAUGGGUGGUUGCACACUAAAUAUUUAAUUGUGGCUUUUGCUUACCUUUCAGUGAUAACUUAAGCAGCCUUGAUGUUUUUCAGGGGUUUCUUUGUAGGUGUAAGAAUGAAGGUGAUAGGAGGGUGCAGGCUGGGUAUGGAAGAUAGAUAUUUGUUUCAAAGAAAAAUAAAAUUGAAGAAUUGUAAAAGCAAGCUAAUGGAAAAAUAGUGUUUUCCACAAGGCAAAAUCAGACUAUUAAAACUCAACGUGCACGUAAUGUAAAGCUUCAUGUUGAACAUGAGCCUUGUUAUGAUAAUUGAGAAUGUGAAGCUGGCCCGUGAAUAUGCCUUACUGGGAAACUAUGACUCUGCGAUGGUCUACUACCAGGGAGUUCUUGACCAGAUGAAUAAGUAUCUGUACUCUGUGAGAGACACCUAUCUGCAACAGAAAUGGCAGCAGGUUUGGCAGGAGAUAAGUGUGGAAGCUAAGCAUGUGAAAGAUAUAAUGAAAACACUGGAGAGUUUUAAACUAGACAAUACUCCAUUGAAAGCCUCACAACAAGAAUUACCAGCUCACGAUGCAGAAGUCUGGUCUUUGCCAGUACCUGCUGAACGUAGACCUUCGCCAGGACCCAGGAAGCGCCAGUCUGCUCCGUGCAGUGAUUGCAGAGGGCACAAUAAUCGUGUGAGUGCAGCUGGCAGGGGCUCGCACCGUCCCUCCUCUCGGAACCCCAGCGAUAAAGGGAAGGCAGUCCGCAGCCGGGAAAAAAAGGAUCAGCAAAAUAAAGGAAAAGAGGAAAAGAACAAAUCCACAUCUGAGAUUUCAGAGUCUGAACCAAAGAAAUUUGAUAGUACUGGAUAUGACAAAGAUUUAGUAGAAGCUUUGGAAAGAGAUAUAAUUUCUCAGAAUCCCAACAUCCGAUGGGAUGACAUUGCUGAUUUAGUAGAAGCCAAAAAGCUGCUUAAGGAAGCUGUAGUUUUACCAAUGUGGAUGCCAGAGUUCUUCAAGGGCAUUAGAAGACCGUGGAAGGGUGUGCUGAUGGUUGGUCCUCCUGGUACUGGAAAGACCCUCCUAGCAAAAGCUGUAGCCACUGAAUGCAAGACAACUUUUUUCAAUGUUUCUUCUUCCACACUUACCUCAAAAUACAGAGGAGAAUCUGAGAAACUUGUUCGUCUGCUGUUUGAAAUGGCUCGAUUUUAUGCCCCCACAACCAUAUUUAUUGAUGAGAUAGACUCCAUCUGUAGCCGCAGGGGAACUUCGGAGGAGCACGAAGCCAGCCGACGUGUGAAGGCAGAGCUGCUCGUUCAGAUGGAUGGUGUAGGGGGUGCUACUGAAAAUGAUGAUCCUUCUAAGAUGGUCAUGGUACUUGCUGCUACUAAUUUUCCUUGGGAUAUUGAUGAAGCACUAAGACGGAGACUAGAAAAGAGAAUUUACAUUCCUUUACCAUCAGCCAAAGGUAGAGAGGAACUCCUAAAAAUAAAUCUGCGAGAAUUGGAACUGGCUGAUGAUGUUGACCUUGCAAACAUAGCUGAGAAAAUGGAGGGUUAUUCAGGUGCAGACAUUACCAACGUAUGCAGAGAUGCAUCACUGAUGGCUAUGAGGAGGCGUAUUGAAGGCUUGACCCCAGAAGAAAUCAGAAAUCUUCCCCGAGAUGAAAUGCACAUGCCAACAACUAUGGAAGACUUCGAAAUAGCUUUGAAGAAAGUUUCUAAAUCUGUUUCUGCUGCGGACAUUGAGAAAUACGAGAAAUGGAUAGUUGAGUUUGGAUCCUGUUGAGUUGUGUUCUCUUGAAGAAACCACCUUAUGUCUUAAAACAGCUUUAGAAGUAAUGGGUGACGUGUCAGUGCACUGCGUGCUCUUUUUAACUUUUGUAAUUUAAGAGCAACAGAUGUCUAAAUAAAUUUUUUUUAAAAUGCAA